AUAUUAGUGGACAAAAGGAUCAAAGAAUACCGUUUCAGUUGCAAUUAUACUUUUGCAGCUUCCACUUAUUCAUUAUUCUAUCAUACAAAAUAUGAUGAAUAAUAUGUUACCACCACCUUAUCAUUCUUCUCUUAUGUCUUUGGAUCUUAAUAUUCAAGAUCAAAACCAUGAGGACCAACUUUCUAGUCCAAAUUCUUCUAAUUCAUCAUUUUCUUCUCUAUCAUCUUCAUCAUCAUAUCCUAUUCUCUUAAACCACCCAGAUCAAGUUCAACAACCAUCUUAUUACUUACCAAAUGAUCAUCAAGAGGUUGAGAAGAUUAAUAGUAUGGUCUCAAGUGGAUCAUGGGAUAAUAAUUCAACUGGUGAAAACCAUGAGAUCAUCAAAAGUAAACACAAGCUGACAAUUAGAUGGAAGAAAGAAGGAAUUAAUAAUAAUAUUGAAGAAGUUAAUCAUCAUCAUGAUGAUGGUACUUCAGUGAAGUGGAUGUCUUCAAAGAUGAGAAUGAUGAGGAAGAUGAUAGACUCUGAUCAAACUAGUGGCGGUUCUUCUAACAUAGCAAGCAAUUCAAAGCAAAAGUUUGAAGAUCAAAAGCAACCACUUUCACCACUAGGAAGCAGCACCAAUAAUUAUUCAAAUCAAAUUAGGGUUUGUUCUGAUUGCAACACCACUAAGACCCCUCUUUGGAGGAGUGGACCAAGAGGCCCCAAGUCACUAUGCAACGCAUGUGGGAUUAGACAAAGGAAGGCAAGACGUGCCAUGGCAUUGGCUGCAGCAUCGGCAAAUGGUACAACAGUAACUGCUGAUCAGACAUGUUCUGUGAAGAGAAAAAAGUUGCAGAAGAAAAAAGAGAAUAAGUCCAAAAUUGAUUAUUGUUCUACACAUUUGAAAAAGAAGACCAAGUUUGAAUCAGAACCAUCUCAUCAAACUAAAAAGGAGUUCAUAACUUUUGAAGAUUUGAGAUUAAGUUUGAGUAAAAAUUUGUCUGUUCAACAAGUUUUCCCUCAAGAUGAAAAGGAAGAAGCUGCUAUCCUUCUCAUGGCUUUAUCUUAUGGACUAGUCCAUGGUUGAGAGAGCUUGAUGCAGUUCUUCAUGAUUAAUUAAGAUUAUUGUUGACUAGGUUUUUGAUACUAUUAUUAUAUCUAUCUUUUUUUUUUGUCAGGUAGCCUGAUGGCUAGAAAAUUCACCCUUAAGGUGGAUAAAUGGAGUGUCCGAUGUUCAACCCCGAUGCAAUGUCCCUUCUAACUGAGCUAAGCUCACAGGGCAUUAUUAUAUCUAUCUUAUUUAGGUGUUAUUAGGACUAGUUUGAAUUUGAUUAAGGGUACGUUUUGUAGUGUACUAGAAGAAGCUGGUGCAAUAAAGUUGGUUAAGAAAAUAGGGAGAAGGACGAAAAAGGACCACAAAUAAGUUGCAUUGUUGUAACUGAUGGAUGGUGGGAGAGAUCAGCUAGGGUGAUCUUGUGAGUUUUUUUUUGUUUUUUUUAUAUAUUUAAGAAAGGGUGUGAUAUUUUGAGGUGUGAACUUAUAUAUAUGUGUGAUUUCAACAAGUAGACAAUAAUAAAAAAGAAAUGUUUAUCUUGUUCA